AACAUAUAAACGCGUCGUUUCUGUGAUUUCCUCUUUUUCUUUUCUUUCUCUCACUCCCAACUCUUUUUUUUUUUACUUGUAAAAAUGUCAGCCUUCCGCUUGUUAACAAGACCUCUUCAAUCAAGUCGUAGACAUUUUACUACUUCUUUACCCACACGUCUUGCUGCCGUAACUGAAAAGACAAGCACUGAAGCUUUAUCCGCAGCUGCUAUUCAUGCCGGUAGUCCUAUGAGAAACGAUUGGAGCAGAGAAGAGAUUCAAAGCAUUUAUGAUUCUCCUUUGAUGGAUUUAUUGUAUCAUGGCGCCAAGGUCCACCGUGAGAAUUUCAAUGCAAGAGAAGUUCAACAAUGUACUUUAUUAUCCAUCAAAACUGGCGGUUGUACUGAAGAUUGUAAGUAUUGCCCUCAAUCUUCUCGUUACAAAACUUCUGUCAAGGCCCAAAAAAUUCUUGAUUCCGAGGAAAUCCUUUUCGCUGCUCAAAGAGCAAAAGACGCUGGUAGCACAAGAUUUUGUAUGGGCGCUGCAUGGAGAGAUUUGGCUGGUCGUAAAUCGAAUUUCAACAAAAUUUUAGAUCACGUCAAGGUGAUUCGAUCAAUGGGUAUGGAAGUCUGUUGUACUUUAGGUAUGUUGGAUGAAGAGCAAGCCAAAGCAUUAAAGAAUGCUGGUUUGACUGCCUAUAACCACAACUUGGAUACUUCUCGUGAGUUCUAUCCCAAGAUUAUUACUACUCGUACUUAUGAUGAACGUUUAAAAACCAUUGAUAAUGCACAAAAUGCUGGUAUUUCUGUGUGUUCUGGUGGUAUUAUUGGUUUAGGAGAGAAGGGCGAAGAUAGAGUUGGAUUAUUACAUACAUUAUCUACAUUGAAGAUGCAUCCUGAAAGUGUUCCCGUAAACGCUUUAUUGGCUGUUGAAGGUACCCCUUUGGAAAAGCAAGAGCCAGUCUCUGUAUUUGAAAUGAUCCGUAUGAUUGCUACCGCACGUAUCAUCAUGCCCAAAUCUAUGGUCCGUCUUUCCGCAGGUCGUGUUCGCUUCACUGUCCCUGAGCAAGCCAUGUGUUUUAUGGCCGGAGCAAACUCCAUUUUUACCGGUGAUAAAUUAUUAACUACUCCUAACAAUGAGUUCUCUGAUGACAAGCAAAUGUUUGAAUUACUUGGUCUUGUCCCUAAACCACCAAACUUCCGUCAAGGUUCCGAUAAGACUGAUGUUCCUGUCUAUCAAAUGCCAAAGUGUUUCAACCCUAGAAAGGAAGAGACUGAUACUACCAAGUCUGCUUAAUCAUACACUUUUAUUUAAAUAAAUAUGUGUGCAACCCUUAGAUAUGACAAUAUGUUACACAAAUUUUCAUUUUAAAUCAAGCAUAAUUGAUUGGUUCGAUUAACACAAGGAUUUU